CGCGCGCACGCACGUGAUCGCGCACGUUCUCGCGUAAAACGUUCCGUCCGAUCGCUCUACGCGCGUGUACUUAUUGUUAGCAAACUUCUAAACUCUUUACUACAGGAUAUCCGUACGUGUGCUUUUCUUUCUCUCCUUCUCUUUCAUCUCGUUCUCUCGCUCUCUUUCUAAAGAAUGCAGCCUCCCGCUCCGUCACGUGGAUGAUCUCUUGGACGAUCCCUUCGCGGACGAGAGUUGGAACGCUCGAUUCGAUUCGAUUCGUGACGAUUUCGUUGACGGUAGUGAGUGAUAUUCGGCGAAUUUCCUGGCGUACUCUAAAAGACGCGACAGCGUGUGUCACGUAAAUCACGUGAGAGACAUACAUCUCUUUUCUACAACAAGAUGAUAUUUUAUAAAAUAAUUAUACAUACUAUUCGAUGUCCCUUUCUCGAAUGCUUUAAUUAUAGAUGAUUCGCGAUCUCUCAUAACCGAUUGUGAACUGUGUUACUUCGAUUAUUAGUGUGAUCGUAUAGUCGUGCUUUAAGAUUUCUGAGUGAAGUUUUGAUUGUCUGCACGAAAUAUUGCGAUAAACACGUGAGUGCGGGUAAACUUUGAUGGUGCUGAAGGGAUUGAUCGAGGUCUUUCUCUUUCAUGGAUUAUAAUCUGGACCAGAUUACUCUCGCACAGUGGCGAAUUUCAUCCAGAAAAGACGUCAACGAAAGUGUUCAGGAAUCGUUCGUGCAGCGAGAUGACUCAUAUGAAAAGUCGGCGGGCUAGUAAACCAUUGAAAAUCGGCGAGCAGGUACGCGCUCGCGCUGCCAGGAAAAAGUUUAUCCCAUAAUAAGGAAGAGAGAACGAAAGAAAAAAGAAAGAGAUAAAAGAAUAGUUGAAAAAACAGGAGAAACAUCUACACGAGAGCGACAAGAACGAAGGAUCCCGAUGUAAAGGUGCCUAGUCUCGAUCGCGAAAAUAAUGGGUUGAACUUUUGGAUGAUGUCCUCCGUACUCGUUUACAGGAAGAAGCUAAAAUGGAAACUCGGCAAAACAAUGACUUUUGCGCUGAUUGCGUGACUUAACGAACGAUUUGUGCACAUUUUUCAUUACGUAAAAGAAAUGCCUUAUGAAAAGAGAUCAACGUUUAACGACGAAGUGCAAAAUCUUCAAGGAUAACGUAUUAAACUAUCGAAAAGUGCUGCCCAUUUUUUGAAAAUUUAUCCUCUUCAAAUGAUCACAUUUGUAUUUUUCGUUCGUUUUUUCAAUUCGUACCGAGAAACCGUUGAAUCGAUUUUUAUCACUCGACUCGCCAAAUUAUAUAUCCGAGAAAUUAUUUAUAUACGAGAAGCUUUCGCGCGCGAAGUUUUCAUUGCACAACUUUGAAUAUCUAGCUCGUCGCAUUUUCCGCUCAUCAUUAUCCGCGGAAUCAAAUCUUAUCAAGUAGCGGUGUAAAUGCAAAUGCAAGAAACGUCAAAGCCAGGGAAGGACGGCCGCCAGAUAGACGGAGAGACGUAAUAUCUGUGAGGAAACAUUACUCAGCGGGGUUCAAGGACCCCGCGAAGUUACGGAAGACGAACAGCGACGACGACGACGACGGUUGCAGUCUCGAGCAGGUAUCUUAUCAUACAGAAGCUCACAUCAAAAUACAACAAUAAAUCGCUCCAUUAAACAAGAAGAAAAUGCCAUUUUCUUAGAAUCCAUUCGAUGAAAUAUUGGAUAAAUUAUCAAAUAAUAAGAUACCUUUCCGUAAAGACAAUAAAACAGACAAUAAAAUAGUUUUACUGUGAUUAUAUAUCCUGCGAAUUUUGUUUGUUCAACUUAAUAUCGCCAAUGUUCUCGUUAACAGACAUCUUAUAUCAUCGAUAUAAGAUGAAUCAUCGAUCGAAAUAACGUCACACCGGGUUUGUGUACAAAUAACGAAGUAAAACUCAAUAGAGUUAGACGAACAAGUAUUUCAAAGUAUCGAGAGAAGCAUCAAGAAGCAUCUAAUAAUUAAUCGAGCUUAUUAAGUGAUAGCCGCCUUAUUAUUAUAUCAAGAAAGUUCAGUCGAUAGAUAAUUCUUGGGACUACAGAUUCCGGAAUCGCGAAGAGAGAAGCCAACGACACACUCUUUAUCUCUUCGUUCGUCCAAGGAUCAAGAAAGAUAUCGGCCUGUAGCAAGGAUUUUAUACAUCAUCGAAGAGCACGAAGAACUCUCGCGAAAGCUACGAAAGUGCCGUUCGAGGAUCGGGAGGUGCGCGAAUGCUGGAUUAUCGCCGACAUUCUCGUGCAUCAGGUCGUUCACAGCCGACGCCGAUGAUCGUUCGAUGCCCGUACAAUGGACGUUUUCAAACUCGAUCAGUCGCUGAGCGCGGGUUUGGGCAGCGCCCCGGCGCCGGACACCCUCACGCCCGAGGUGUCGUUCGACGCCGGCAGUGAGUUCAACCUGAGCUUCUUCGACGGCCCGGAGGAGAACAGUACCCAGGGCUUCAGCGAUCCCGGUUCCGUGGGUAGCACCAGUGCCUCGCCGCCCCCCGGUACCCCCGGUGGUGCCAUCCCCCCUACCGCCACCGCCGCCGCCGCUGCCGCCGUCGCAGCCGCCCCCGCUCCAGCUUCCACCACUGGUGUAAAUAAUCCGCCACUGCCGAUUGUUCAAGUGCCCUCCGCCGGCAUCGUCAUUAAGCAAGAGCAGCAUUACGCGGCAGCUGAUUCCAACAGUUCGACGCCCGCUAAAAGCUUCGUACCGUGUAAAGUUUGCGGCGAUAAAGCCAGCGGCUACCAUUACGGCGUUACCAGCUGCGAGGGUUGCAAAGGUUUCUUCAGAAGGAGCAUACAGAAGCAGAUAGAAUACAGGUGCUUGAGGGACGGCAAGUGUCUCGUCAUCAGAUUAAAUCGGAACCGUUGCCAGUACUGCAGAUUCAAGAAGUGCCUAGCCGUCGGCAUGUCCAGAGACUCUGUGAGAUACGGCAGGGUGCCGAAACGCUCCAGGGAACGCGGCCCCGAGGACACGAUGGCGACGACCAUGUCGACGACGACGACAACGACAACGACGACGACGACGAUGGCGGCCAUGGAAAUGCAGCAACUUACCACGCCCGACACCGGCAACAACAAUGCCAACAACAAGAACAACAAUAACAAUAAUAACAAUAAUAAUAAUAACAACAACAACAACAAUACUCAGAGUCAGAACGCAAUCUCGCGAGUAGCACCUGCCGCGGUGGUCGAGGCUGAUCAAUCGGACGCCGACGUGAAACAGCUGGCUGUAUACGACGUGAUUCAUCAGGUGUCGCAGGCGCAUCAUGCUCACUGCGGCUUCACGGAAGAGUCCACUAGAGGCCUCACGAGAAAACCCAUGAUAAUACCGGCGAGUAAUUCUUCGCAGCCUGCUAGCCCGGAGGACCCGGAAGCCGCGUCCUCAACUGCAGAGACGGUCGAAUCGCAAAGGAUCUGGCUGUGGCAGCAGUUCGCCACGAGGGUGACACCAUCAGUACAGAGGGUGGUGGAGUUCGCGAAACGAAUGCCGGGAUUUUGCGAGCUCUCCCAGGAUGAUCAACUGAUCCUAAUCAAAGUCGGUUUUUUCGAGGUGUGGCUCUGCCACAUCUCAAAGAUGACAACCGACAAUUCGAUGACCUUUGAGGAUGGCACCUACUUUACUCGACAGCAACUGGAAUUGAUGUACGAGCCCGACUUCGUAUCCGCGUGGAUGCAAGUCACGUCGUCGUUGAACGCCCACCAAUUGACGGACACCGAGCUGGGCCUGUUCUCGGCGGCAGUGCUGCUGAGCGAGCGACCGGGACUGAACGAUGUUAAGGCCGUACAAAGGCUGCAGGAUCGUGUGUUGGAGGCGCUGAGGGUGCAAGCGGCGCGUCCUUCCGGUGAGGGAUCCGGUGGCUCGGUCACCAGCAUUUCACAAAGGAUACCCGAACUGAGAGCGCUCGGCGCUAGGCAUGCCAGCCUUCUCGAUUGGUUCCGCAGAAAUUGGACGAAACUCAAGUUACCGCCGCUGUUCGCCGAGAUAUUCGACAUUCCCAAGUGCGAGGAGGAUUUGCAAUGAAGAGAGACAUAAGGUGCAAUGAGAUGAUUCAAGAUCAAUGGUAUUGAUACCAGAUACUGGCAAGAAACCAAGUUGCCCAGCGCUUAUUGAAACUGCUCUGAAUAUCUAGUGAAUCAUUUGUUUUGAUUCAUAGAAGCACGAUCACAACGUGAUCUGAAACUGAAUGAAGAACAAGCGAUGGGAACAAGAAAUGAGACAUAUCUCUUGUGAGUGAGGAAUGAAGAUAUUGUCUGUCGCAAAGAAUAUUAGCUAAAUUAAAGAGAAAAGAAAAGCAAAGCCACGGUUAGUGACAGUGUCUGUGGUCAACUUUCGUGAUCAGUUUUCGCUAAGAGAUAUUUUGAUCGCUUAAAGAAUAACGGGAAACAAAAUAUCUUCGAUUGCAAGAGGUUCGUAGAAAGCUUGAAUAUUAGAAAAUUGAGAAAAAUAAAGAAAAAGAAAUAUAUAUACAUAUAUACAUGAGAUCAUCGGUUGUCCAAAUAGCGAUUAUGUAAAUUUCCAAUGGCGGUCUUUUGAGAUACUCUCGCUAAUUUUGUUCCCAAAAUAUCUGGAUCGUUCAAAUAAUAGAAGAUAUUUGGAAAAGGGCAUUGAAGAGAUUAUAUCUUUAAAAGCCACGCAGGCAAUAGGACGAGUUUUGAGAAGUUUUCGUGCAAGUUCGAGGGAAGGCAGGCGCAAUUUGCUCAAAUUCAACGGAAAUGGCUUUGUACUAUUCGCCAGGCAAUACCACACGCAUACUGCACGCGUGUUUCCGGACGAGUGUGUGUACUUAAUAAAAUACUCAAUCGAUGAAGGAGGCAUCUCGCGCCGCGUCAAGUAACAGGUGGCUGCUUUACCCGCCGCGAUGACGUAUGGCCAAGCACAAAUGCAUAAAUCGUGUGUCAUGAACAUUCGUUCAUGCUCAAGAUUUUAUCAUUUUUUUUUCUGCGACUAUGUCUAAGAUUUAAGGAUUUAAACAUACAACGUGCAGCACUCAUUCGAGCGGCUUAUUUCUCCAGAAUGGAAAUCGGCCAGAUGAUACAGAUAGCAUCAUAGCAACAGCAACACCAACUCAACGGACAUAUCAGAUAUUAAGAUUACGAAGUGUUCCCCUCUGUAUUAAGCGUCGCCGAGUACAUUCGUAUCCCUUACAGGAGUCAGGAUCGGUGAAAUUUUGAUGUUACAAAUAUAUACGCGGUGAUCGAUUUCAAAUCACAUCUCAUGACAGCUUUUUCUCGGAUUGCGUGCGCUUUCUCUUUAUUACAUAUUUUAUAAUUAAAUCGUAUAUAAUUAUACAUAAUAAUAAUAUAAUUAUUACUACGCAUUUUUUAGAAUUACAUUCCAAUUUUUAAUUUCACAUAUUUUUAUGUUUAUAAAGUUAAAUAUUAUAUAUCAGAAUAUACAUUUUUUUCCUGUUUUUCUAAAAAAUAUUGAAUUUACCGAAAUGUCACCGAUUUCGAUCUCUGGAUUUGUCGCGACACCGAAAGAACGAUGAGUGACUGUACGGCUACAUAAAACAUAACGAAACACACGCGCGAGCGCGCAUAUUAAGCAACUAUAUAUUUAUCGUGCGUGUAAUUGAUGAAAUCAUAUACAAGACGAGAGAGGAGGCAUAUACAAAUUUCACAUUGUAAGGCUCGAGAUCUUUAUAAAACGUAUCUUCUUAUAGAUGCAUUCGCUACUCGAAUCUCAAUCUAUGCAAUCUCUAUUUUUAUUACUCGACAAGUAGAAUAGCGAAUUAUAUAUGUCGAUAUAAUUGUGUAUGUAUGUAUCUACAUAUAUAUAUAUAUAUAUACACACACACACACACACCACACACACACACACACACACACACACACACACAUACACAAUUAUAUAUCAUUGCGUAGCGCUUCGGGAAACCGUUCCGGACGGAAGUGCGCGAAAAAAAAAUCGAAACGCACAAAAUCGGCGAUUCGGAGAUUAUUAAAGUUCCUCAAUUGAUUACGCGAAAUAUUUACUGACGAAAAAACACGCGUAUAUGUAUUUCACAUACGUAACGGCAUAUAUAAUACAUAGUAUAUCGGCGCACAUGUGCAACGUCCAGAAAACUCUACCUAAGUCGCGCUUCCGCGCGAAACAAUCCGGAAGCGAACGCGGACCGACUCUUCAAACUUUAAACACUAAUAACUCUCUGACAAUGACUAGCGUAAUCCAUAAUGAUAUAUAAUCGCAAUGUAUGCGUGUGUGAAUAUGCGUGCAUGUUGCGUGAGUGUGUUGCGGUGUGUUUGAAUAUGUGUGCGUGAGUGUAUAUGUGCGCACGAAUGCAUCGAAAUACUCAUUCAUGAAAUAAAAGAGAAAAAAUAAGUUUAUUAAUAUAGAUAUCACUGUUUUAUCUAUAUACCGGGCGUACUUAAAGUAUGUAAUAACGUGAUCCGGUUUAUUAUCGAUAUCACUCGAAUUGAAAGAGGAAUCGGAGAUGCUGUUUUUGCGAUAUUAGAGAAAGGAAGAAAAAAGUUUUCAAUCUUCGUCAUUCUAUCUCUUUUUCUCGCUUUCUCUCUCUCUCUCUCUUUCUCUUUCUAAGCGCUCACAUCAAGUUGUGAAUAAACAUAUCAUACUUAAUUAAUAUAUUGAAUAAAGAGGAUAUCAUCGUUUAAUAUAAUAAUAAAAAUAUAUACAAAUAUAUAUAGGAGAAAUAUAUAUAUGUAUAUUGCAAAGGAACAUUAUUGAAACUAUAUUACAAAAAAAAGUAGCUAUUAAUUAUCGCGUUAAUGUCAAGCGAAUCGCAAGAUAGACCGUAUCGGCGGUUACAAGCCAACAAUCACAUAGUAGUUCUCUCGCUUUUUUAUUCUAAUCAUCGUAAUCGGCAAUGGAAGUUCUUUCGUGAUCCAGUAUGUCGAGUAUGCGUAACAUUUAUUGAUCGUCAUAUAUAUAAUUUUUUUCGCUUUCUAUUCAAUUGUCGCGAGAAAAGAAAACUUGAUUGAAAUUUCCGGAUUUUAGAGAUAGAAUUCUGGAAAAAAGUAUCCGGAUAAAAUCCGGUGAAAAGAAUCGACAUCGAUGUGUUAAAAUUGGAAGAUAAAGUAGUGUAAUUUUUCAAUAUUAAGGAAGAUGACAAAAAAUUAAAAGGAAAAGAAAUAAAAAGAAGAAAGAAUAGGAAAAGGAAAGCAGUGAUAAAAAAAGAAAGAGAGCGUCUCUUAAGCACAUUAGUUUUUUUUUUUUCUACAUCACUGUAUUGGCAAUUGAGAAAUAUAUAAUAAACAUAUAUAAUGAUGAGAGACAUGAAAAUAUAAAUAUAAAAAAUAGACAAAUAAAUAUUGACAUAUUAUAAAUAUUGCAAUUUUUCUUCGCAGAAUUGACACUUUUUUCUCAUAAUGCACGAUUGUAUUCUUCAAAAUUUCUAGUCCCACGAAAAUUAUUCACUGAGGAGUCAAACAAUCGAAAAGAUAUUUUAACGCAAGCGUUGCUGGAUUUAAUAUAUAUAUAUAUAUAUAUAUAUAUAUAUAUAUAUAUAUAUAUAUAUAUACAUACAUACAUACAUAUACUGGGUGUCCUGCAAAGAUUGUGCCAACGCUCGUGAGCGGGUAGAGCACAGUAAAUUGAACAGAAAAGUCCUUUAUCAUUUUUUUGAUCUGAGCUUUCUUUUCGUUUUUAUACGAUGUUAAAGUUAACUAAUCAGCUCUUGCCUAUAUUUCCGUUGUAGACAGGCGCUGAUUAGCUAACUUUAACAUCGUAUAACAACGAAAAGAAAGCUCAGAUCAAAAAAUGGUAAAGGACUUUUCUGUUCAGUUUACUGUGCUCUACCCACUCACGAGCGUUGGCACAAUCUUUGCAGGACACCCUGUAUAAUUAAACGGCCAAACACAUCAUAGUAAUAAUAUUAGUAAUAUUGUAUCAUUAUGAUAAAAAAAGAUAAUUCUUUCUAUCUGUCUCUAACUCAUAGCGACUGCGCCGAUCAAUCGUCCUUUGUCAUCCUCGAGUAGAAAGUGUCCCUCUGUGUUAUUGCCAAUCGUUCGCGCGCGAAUCGAUGGUGCUCCAUCUUCGGGGACUUAUCCUGAAAGAUUCUUUCACUCUGAUUUCAGCGAUCCUUCAAUUUUUCAUAGCAUAAAUGUGAUGAUUGACCGAUACAAUGAUAAAAAAAGAAAUGCAUCGACAUUUGGCUUUUCAUUUUCUUGGCCCACUAUCGAGAUUUUGUGUUGAAGAAUCUUUUCAUUUUGAACUUGCUAAACGGAUUAAAAGAGACAAUCUUGUCCUUCUUUCUUUUUCUCCUAUUAUUUUCUUCUCAAUUUUAUCUUUUUCCUUUUCACAUUUUGGCUGAGACGCAAAAGAUUCAUUCACACUUUAGUCCUUUUGCCCGCCCUUUGGCUUAUACUCCUUCCGCCAUUUUUUGAUUUUAAUUUGAGAUUUUUCGUUUCGUCUCUUUUAAAUUUCGGGAAGAAUCGAGAUUUCGGUCAUGGUGCUAUAAUAUCUGUACAUAUACUUAUAAAAAUCGUUGGCAUAAUCAAUAUCGUUAUUAUUAAUAAUAUUAUUGCGGUUAAAAUCUAAUUAUUAUUGCUGUCCUUCCUACCGCUAUUAUCAUUAUCACCCAUAUGUUUAUUAUCGUUAUUACUAUCAUAUUAUGACUAUUUUAUAAUGAUUAUAAUAAUUAUUGAUAUAGAUAUUAUUAUAUUAAUUGUACUUAUAACACACUGAUUAUUAUCUAUAUCAAUGUUAUCGUCGGAGGUGCUAUUUAAAUUGAGCGUAUGUAAAAAAAAGAAAAGGCAAACGUUAGAAGAAUAAGAUGAUCUAAACGGUUUUCGAAAUACUUCUGUGAAUUCCGCCCGUACAGUUACUAAAAUUAAUACUUAAUAUUUGCUCUUCUGUUUGAUAUCCGGUACAUGCGCUGUCGCGUGCAUAUUAAGUACACCCGUUCUCUUCGAUACGCAUUAAAAGCAACAAUAUAUAUAUAUAUAUAUAUAUAUAUACAUAAAUGUACGGAACGGCUUCAAAUUUGCGCGAUGAAAAUCUUUUACCAAUAUAUAAAGCUGUCAAGAUUUUUCUCCAAUUUAAUCCAUUGUUAGAAAAUUUAAUCGAACGUUAUUUCGUUUUUCUAAAAACUUUUGAAUAUCUAAUGUCGUUUCGGUAAAAAAAUACUUUUUUGAUUGAGGUUUUGCAUAUAUAAUUGAGUUCAAAUUAAUUGAACUUAAUUAAUGUUUAUUUGUCAUAAAAUUUGACGAAAAGUUAUAUAAAUUGAAUUGCUAAUUUCAGAAACUAUUAAUAUCUUGCCACACUUUCGAUUUGCGCAAAUUUUUAUCCACCAUAUACCAUACGUAUGUGUAAAGAAUGAUGAAAAAAAAUAUGAGCAUUAUUUGAAAGUAAGAACAGCAAUACAAAUCGUCCAAAAGGAUUUUAUCCGAUAUCUGCGGCAUUUAAAGGAAUAUAUUUAUAUUCAUAAUUUCUUUAGUUUAUAUCAUAAAGAUAAAUCAGAGAAAAAAAAUGAUUGCUCGAAUAUAUUUCGUUAUUAAAUUUAACUGAUGGUUAUUAAACUUCAACUCAUAAAUUUUUAUUAUUAAAUGUUUGAAAUGAGAUAUAUGUAAGCAGUGGUCAACGUGUAAAUAGUGAGCAAUACUUUCUCUUCAAUUUAAGAUAUUUAAUAUUUUUUUUCAUUAACAUUUUCACAAUAUCUCUCAUUAUCUUUAAAAUUGAUAUCAUACCAAUAAAAAGAACUUCUUUUAAUUUAUUAAGAACUUUAAAAAAGAAUAAAAUAUAUUAUAUAAGUAAAUCUCUCUUUCUACAAACACAAAAAACUGAGACAGCAAGCCUAGUUGUAAUCAAUACUUAUUCCUAUUUAUGUUGGCCACUGUACAUACAUGCAUAUACAAAAUGUUUCAGUCGUUGCGCACUUUUUUACGACUUUAAAUCUGACGAAAGAAAAAUCGCUCUUUUAGUGAAAAUUGCUGUUUAAUUAAUUAAGUCUUAAAUUAAAAUUUUAUUUAAAUAGAAUCUUCUCUUUCACUUAAAAUUAUAUCAAAGAUAAGAGAUAUUAUUUAUUUGUAUAUCUAUGGAUUAAUUCACGAGAAAUACUUUGAUUCCAUUAGUUCGCAACUAAAAAAAAUUAUUUAAAUGUUUUGCUAAUUUUGAAAUUUUUGAUUCUAUCUUGAAGUUGUUUUUUAAAAUUUAGCCGCUGGUAGCACAUCGUAUACAUUAUUUACGAAGACGAGGACGAGGGCGACGACAAGGAUGAUGGUAUCGGCGUGUCAAGGGAGGUGGGAAUUAUUUUUAAAGAAAAAAAAAUAUAUAUAUUACAUAUACUUAUAUUAUAUGUAUAAAAUAUAAUAUAAACGAGAAGAUAAUGAUAUUAAGGGUAAAUAAUUACGACAAAAAAAAUGACUGCUCUAUACUGCUAAAGUACAAAUGUUUUCAUUUAAUUAUUUUAUAAGAUGAUAUACCGAUUUGUUACGAUUCGCGUUUAUAUCUUGCAUUUAGCGCUAAAAGCGAUCGUCAUGAGACUCGGGCUUUUAUUUGUCUCAUAAUGAGAACGUCGCAUAUUGAGAUUGAGAAUUUGAGACUGUGCAUUUAGGAUGCUAAAUAUGUGAGAUACAAAUGCGGGUCUAAGUUUAUGGCGCGUUGGCUUGGACACACAUACAUACAGUCUGACGCGCGUGUAUCUAUAUCUGUAUUUAUUUGUUAAUCUUCAAACGUGAAUGUAUGUGUGUGUGUGUGUAUGUGUGGCACGUAACUAUAUAAGGGCCACACGUAUAUAUUCAUACAGGGUAUUGCAAAAAUCGCACGCUUCUUGACGACUACAAAAUAUCUUUAAUCAAUCUGAUGUCGAUUGUUUCUCUUUUAGGUAAAUAUUAAGAUUUUGUAAUACCAUAAUUAUUCGUUUGCUAUAAUAUUCAAAGUUAAAUAACUGUAUAAUUAACCGUGAAAUUAAAAAAAAAUCGUACCACAUAUCAUAGAAUUUUUAUCCGAAAUAGUAAUUAACUGGAAUUAAAAUUUUAUCAUUUAUUCGCGAUUGCUUGAGUAUUUUAAUUCACGUUCGGAAUUUUAUAUUUUUUAAAUUCUUGGUAAUUCUAGUUUUACAAUUUCAUGAUAUCGAUAGAUAUUUCACGUGUAUGGAAAGGAAAACUCGACCCUACAUUUAGUCGAAUCGGAGGAAAGCAUUGAGUAAGCAAACAAGCAAGCAAGCCCGAGUUUUGGGAUAUCCUGUAUAUACAUAUAUAAAGCACGCAUAUUCAUACGCACAUAAACACACAUAUCACAUAACAUAUUCUUCUAUUAGUAUAUUUGAAGGCAUGAUAUGCAUCCUCUCCAUUUCGUCCAUUUCACGAAGGACGAGAUAGUAAUGCUCGAUUUUCGUCGACAAUCAUAAAUAAUUGCGGUGGCGUCUCUCCGGCGAUAUUCCUCCAGCAAAAAGAAAAAAACAGAUUAUUUUUUAAUUCACAUAGAAGAUACAGAGUAAUUCAAACCUGUGGCGCUCGAUUGUAUGAAACGAGUUAUUGAUCUGUUAGCGUUUGUUAAUACAUAAUUCACAAAGUGUAAUUUAUUGAUUCAACUGUUUUCACAGUUUAUAUAAUUUAUCUGUUUUUAUAUUUUUUUCAUUCCUUAAAUCUAUUAAGAUUAGCUUCUCAGAAUUUUAGACAAUCAAAAAAAAUUUGUCUUUAAAAAAUAACAUUGACUCUGAAAAAAAAAAAAAAAAUUUCGUACAAUGGAAAACAGAAAAAAAACCUAAAAUUUUAAAAUUACAAUUAUUAUUUCUCGCGAAAAAAUAUAAUAUUUUCAAAAUUCGGACGACAUAUAUUUGAAUCACGUUGUACGUAUCGUAAGUCAUAUUGAUGGAAAAUUACAGCAUAUCAUUAGGUUUUUCUACAUUCUGACUAAUAUCGCACUUGUAGCAACAUUUCAUAGAAAUACCGAUAUACUUGCGGCGUAACUUAUCAUUGGACAUAUUAUAAAAUGUGAACUUUUUUUCUGUAUCAAAAAGAUCCUAGAGCGAGUGCUAUAUAAAAAAUUUUGCUUUAAAUUCGUUGAUUUAUAUUAUAUUUAUAAAUUAAAAGUUUUUCUCUCUCUCUCUCUCUCUCUCACACACACACACAUUAGGAUUGCUCAUUAUUAAUCCUCGUUAUAAUAUACAGCGUUAUAAUGUAAAUAUAGCGAAAAAGUAAAAUAUUCGUCAGUUCUCCAAAGUAGUAUUGAUUGACUACAGAAUCGCGUUUUUAGGUAGGAUCCCUCAUUCUUCUUCUCAUCCUGCUUUCUUCCCCAUUAUCUGAAUUGUCUAUAAUUGAAAAAAAAUCGCGAGGAAUUGAUUCCCCUUAUUAUAAAAAUCGUUCGAUUACCUACGAAUACGCGAGUGCCAAUUAUAAGACUAUAAUCACUAAUGCGUAAUAAUUCAUAGAGAACGAGAGGAAAGCGUGACAACGAUUCCCACGAAAAAGACAAAAAAAUUGAAGAACUUAUUUAUCAAAAAUGUCUUAAACGCACAUUUAAAAAAAAAUAGAAAUUAUGUGCAUAAUUUUUUUCUUUUUUUCUUUUUGCGUUUAAGACAAUUUAGAAAUAAGCUUUUCAAUUGCAGUAAACCGAAGGCGAUUCUACUUAAGUGAUCGCACACAUCGAAAUGCAUAUAUAUCUUUUAAAGCUGUAUUAAUAUUUGAUCGUCCAUAGGAUCCAAGAUCCUUAUGGAGGUGUAUAAACGAAUACAAAUUUUGCCUCCGUGAGGAUAGUGUAAUACGGCAAUAAAAGAAAAAGCGAUCGUA